GAAAAAUUACCCCACCAAAAUUUGGUCUGGAUAACUUACCACUCAAGACAAGGCGACAAUUCAAUCGUUUUUCCUAUUUCCAAGUAUACGGUGAUAAAUCAUUCUAUACCAAAUUUGUCGACACAAAUCCUUUCGCCUACCCGAAAAUGCUUGACAUUCUAGAUUUCAUCACCGAGCGGGGUGGCAACCCUGAGAAGAUUCGCGAGUCUCAGCGCCGCAGAUAUGCCAAUGUCGAGGUUGUCGACGAGAUCAUCGAGAUGUUCGAGGAUCAUCGCAGAACUCAAUACGCCGCGACCCAAAUAAACAGCAAGAUCAAUGAAGUGAACAAGCAAAUCGGCGCCAAAAAGAAGGCCAAGGAGAACGCCGACGAACUACUCCAACAAAAAGCCGAUCUCGACAAGGAAAAGAAGGGUCUCCUUGACUCUGCUGCCCAGAAGGACCUUGCGCUUAAGGCUAAGGUUAAAACCAUCGGCAACAUCGUCCAUGACUCCGUUCCUAUCAGCGAUAACGAAGAUAACAAUGCAGUCCAGCGAACGUGGGCUCCGGAGGGUGUCAAGGUAGAGAAGAAAGACGUCCUUUCACAUCACGAGGUUCUUAUGCGAUUGGAUGGAUACGACCCGGAUCGUGGAGUCAAGGUCGUUGGCCACAGAGGUUAUUUCCUACGACAAUGGGGUGUGUUCCUCAACCAGGCCCUAAUAAACUAUGGCCUGGAAUACCUCAACAGCAAGGGCUUUACUCCGCUACAGACUCCUCAAUUCAUGCUUAAGGACUACAUGGGGAAAACAGCCCAACUAGAGCAGUUCGACGAAGAAUUGUACAAAGUCAUCGAUGGCGAACCUCAGAACGACAAGUACCUCAUCGCGACCUCGGAACAACCCAUUUCUGCCUUCCACGCCGACGAAUGGAUCAUAGGCAAGGAGUUACCCAUUAAGUACGCAGGUUUCAGCACGUGCUACAGACGAGAGGCUGGCUCUCACGGCCGAGACGCUUGGGGUAUCUUCCGUGUUCAUCAAUUUGAGAAGGUUGAGCAAUUUGUGCUGUCAGAUCCCGAGAAAUCAUGGGAGAUAUUCGACGAGAUGUUCACUACUUCAGAGGAAUUCUACAAGUCGCUCGGAUUACCAUACCAAGUAGUAGCAAUCGUUUCAGGAGCGUUAAACAACGCAGCCGCGAAGAAGUUCGACUUGGAGGCCUGGUUCCCCUUCCAGGGCGAGUACAAGGAGCUUGUGUCUUGCUCCAACUGCACAGACUACCAAUCCCGCGCCUUGGAGAUCCGAUUCGGUACCAAGACGCAGACAGAUGCUAAGAAGAAAUACGUCCACUGCCUUAAUUCAACACUAUGUGCCACUGAGAGAGCGCUGUGUUGUAUUUUAGAGAACUACCAGACCGAAGAUGGUCUCCGAGUUCCCGAGCCUCUGCGCAAGUACCUCCCAGGUGCCCCCGACUUCAUUCCCUUCACCAAGGAGCUACCCAAGGAUACAACCUCGGCGAAAGCUAAGGCUAAGGCAGAGAAGAGUGUUAAGCAAAAGGUAGCUGCGGCAGGAUCAGCCGUAGCACAAGCCGGGGAGAAGCUAAAGGAUCUGGCGGUAUAACGAAAUAAAGUAAAGGUUGGGAAAUCGGAGCUCAAGAAACUGCUGCUUUUAUCAGGUUCUUGAUGGACGGGUUAGAACCAUGGAAUAUACUCGAUUGCAUUUCCGAGCCAUGAUGGUGGUGACAAUACCUAUUGCUGAUCAAUCAACAGUGAUGGCUAUAUGUUCAGGUAGCAGCAGAGUAGGAACAGACAGCGAUGGUACUAUCAUAGGUGUAUUACCUAAUGAUAUAUACCUAAUCUAAGCAAGUCUUUAAAGUUUAGUUUAGGGGAGACUUUAAGACUUCAGGACUUCCUUCCCGGGUUCUUUGUUCUAAAGGUAGUAGUUACAAAGAACAAAGUUGAACAGGCGCUGUCGUUUCCUGUUUCCGUCUAAAAUUACAAGGAAUAGGUGUUUCGGUACACAAGGGAUCCACUAUAAUAAUGCGCUGUAAUCUCUCAGAAUACAAGUGUAUUGUCCGCCGAAGGUACAAC